AUGUCCUUCCUGUGUUUCUGUCCUCUUGUUGAGUGUGUGUACUGUCUGGCUUGUGCUCGUUGGGCUUGGAAAAGAUGUCUUCAUACUGCUGGCCAUGACAGUGAGAAUUGGGGCUUUGCCACGGCAGAAGAAUUCGAGCCAAUACCACGCCUUUGUCGCUAUAUUUUAGCUGUGUAUGAAGAUGAUCUUCGCCAACCCCUUUGGGCACCUCCUGGUGGCUAUGGAAUUAGCCCUGAUUGUUUACUUCUCAAAAAGACAUAUGAAGAUACCUGUGGUAGGGCGCCGCCCUAUAUUGUGUAUCUUGAUCACGAGCAUAAUGAUAUAGUUCUUGCCAUCAGGGGUCUAAAUUUGGCAAAGGAGAGUGAUUAUGCGGUUCUGUUGGACAAUGGAUUGGGGAAGAGAAAGUUUGAUGGGGGUUAUGUUCACAAUGGAUUGUUGAAAGCUGCUGGUUGGGUUUUGGAUGCAGAAUGUGAAGUUUUGAAGGAUUUGGUGGAAAAGCAUCCAAACUACACUCUGACUUUUGUUGGACAUUCCCUUGGAUCUGGUGUAGCAGCUAUGCUGACAAUGGUGGUAGUGCAGAAUCGACAUAGACUUGGAAAUAUUGAUAGGAAGAGGGUCAGGUGUUAUGCCAUUGCACCUGCUAGGUGCAUGUCACUGAAUUUGGCAGUCAGAUAUGCAGAUGUCAUCAACUCCGUUGUGCUCCAGGAUGACUUCUUACCAAGGACAGCCACUCCAUUGGAAGAUAUAUUCAAGUCUCUUUUCUGUUUGCCAUGCCUAUUGUGCUUGAGGUGCAUGAGGGAUACAUGUAUUCCAGAGGAGAAGAUGCUCAAGGAUCCAAGGAGACUCUAUGCACCUGGUCGCCUUUAUCACAUUGUUGAGAGGAAGCCUUUUAGAAUGGGAAGGUUUCCCCCUGUUGUUAGGACAGCAGUGCCUGUAGAUGGAAGGUUUGAGCAUAUAGUCCUUUCAUGUAAUGCCACAUCUGAUCAUGCCAUCGUUUGGAUAGAGAAAGAAGCCCAAAGGGCUCUGGAUUUGAUGCUGGAGAAAGAUAAACCAAUGGAAGCCCCUGCCAAGCAAAAGAUGGAGCGUCAGGAAACCCUAACAAGACACAAGGAUGAGUAUAAAGCAGCAUUGCAGAGGGCGAAAACAUUAGAUGUUCCACAUGCUUAUACACCACCAUCAGAGUAUGGGACUUUUGAUGAGGGAGAUGAGGGCUCAACAAAAUCUCUGGGUGAGUCUUCUAAUAAAAGUUCAGUGGAUGAAAGCUGGGAUGCAUUGAUUGAGCGUCAUUGUGACAAGGAUGAACAUGGCCACAAAGAAUGA